AUGCAAAUUAGCUUCUUUGAUCAGCUCCUUGGAAACAAACAAGAGGCUAUUGGAGCUUAUGCAGACAUUAUCAAACGAAAUCUGUCAGAUGAAUCAUCACUUGCUGUGGCAGUGAACAACCUCGUUGCACUAAAGGGUCCAAAAGAUGUUUCAGAUAGCUUAAGGAAGCUUGAUCGCAUCAAAGAGAAAGGCAUGCAAAACUUUCAGCUUGCUCGUGUGCUUGACUUGAAGCUUUCAUCAAAGCAAAAGGAGGCAAUAUAUGCAAAUCGGGUGCUUUUACUUCUUCAUGCAAAUAAGAUGGAUCAGGCUCAAGAACUUGUUGCCACAUUGCUAGACCUUUUUCCUGGCAGUGUGAUGCCAGUAUUGCUUCAAGCUGCUGUCUUAGUGAGAGAGAAAAAGGCUGCAAGAGCUGAAGAAAUAUUAGGGCAGCAUGCUGAGAAGUUCCCUGACCAGUCCAAAGUUGUUCUUCUGGCAAGGGCACAGGUUGCUGCUGCUGCUUCUGCCAACCAUCCUCAUAUUGCAGCCGAGUCCCUGGCUAAGAUACGUGAUAUCCAGCACAUGCCUGGUACUGUGGCCACCCUUGUGUCUCUUAAAGAGUGUGCUGGAGAUAUCAAAGGUGCAGCAGCUGUGCUUGACGCUGCAAUCAAGUGGUGGUUAAAUUCCAUGACCGAGGACAAUCAGCUAAGUGUUAUAAUGCAGGAGGCUGCUUCCUUCAAGCUCAGACAUGGUCGAGAGGAGGAUGCCUUCCAUCUCUAUGAGGAGCUUGUGAAAACACAUGGAAGCGUUGAGGCAUUGGUUGGGCCGGUCACUACAGCUGCUCAUGUGGAUGUUGACAAGGCUGAAGCUUAUGAGAAGAAGCUGAAGCCAUUGCCUGGUUUCAAGGGGGUUGAUGUGAAUAGUUUAGAGAAGACUUCCGGUGCAAAACAUGUUGAAGGCAACAAUGACCUUAACAACAAACACCAACCAAAUAUCCCUAAAUUGGUAGUAGGUGAAGUGUUUAUGUUGUCAGGAAAAUCAUGUACGCAAUCAUAUGCAUAG